CACAUUAAUUAUAUUUAGAUUUUUGCAGAUUACAAACGAAUACUGUCAAAGUUAACAAAGCACAACAAGGUUAAUUGCAGUGUAUCUUAAAAUUUGUUGAAGUGAAUGUCGUUUAAUAAAAAUCUAUAAUAAAUAUAACCAAGCUGAUCUCCCGGUUGUGGCACUUUAGACAGAAUAUAAACUGCAGAUGCAGACAUGUUAUUGCAUACCAUAACCUUUUCGUCAUAAUUUUAUUUGUUUGAUAAAUUUUGCAGACUUUUAAGAAGUGCCAGGUCACCUCCAGUUGUUGACGAUUAUCUUGUCUAAGGUAGAAAUAUAGUUCACAAGAAGUAAUUAUUUACAUUCCUAAGAAACUUAAUGAAAGGUGACAGUGCAGCUUGAUAGAUAAGAAAAUUUCGGUAAACGCGUAAUCAUCAGGUGAUUUUCGACGCAUGCUCAUUGGUUGUUAAACAGACCCGCCAACAUGGAUAACCGGCUUGAAUCUCAUUCGUUUUCAAACUCUCUUGAAAUUAGGUUAGUUAGUGCUUACCGGGUAUCAUGCCGUCCGAAAAAUUAGAGAAAGUUGUUAUGAAACCAUUUAAAAUGGAUCCAGCUCAGAAUAAUUCUCAACAAGAACUUGUCACAGAAGAUAAUGAAAAUAAUCCACGAGGAAUGCGAAAUGUUACUUUCCGCGAGUGGGUUGUUGUUGGUAUUUUGUGUUUUGUCAACUUGAUCAACUAUAUGGAUAGAUUCACUAUAGCAGGAGUUCUGGAAAAAGUACAACAUUAUUAUAACAUUGACAAUAAAGCUGGUGGAUUUUUACAAACAGCAUUUAUUCUUAGUUAUAUGCUUUUUGCUCCGCUAUUUGGUUACCUUGGAGAUAGAUAUAACAGAAGGUAUAUUAUGGCAUUUGGUGUGUUUAUGUGGAGUGUAACGACCCUGUGUGGGUCAUUUAUGACGAACUUCUAUUGGUUCGUUUGGUUCCGUGCAUUGGUGGGCAUAGGAGAGGCCAGCUAUUCAACAAUAGCACCGACGAUAAUUAGUGAUUACUUCGUUGGAGAUGUUCGGUCCAAAAUGUUAGCAAUCUUUUAUUUUGCUAUUCCAGUAGGAAGCGGCUUGGGUUACAUUGUAGGCGCUAAAACAGCAGAACUUAUGGAUCAGUGGCAAUGGGCACUUCGAGUCACGCCUCCUUUGGGUUUCGUAGCUGUUGUACUUGUUAUAUUUAUUCUUUCUGAUCCUGAAAGAGGUCAAAGCGAGUGCAGCGGGCACAUGGAAGCUACUCCAUGGUUAGAAGAUCUGAAAUAUCUUAUUCGCAAUCCAAGUUUUAUGUACUCAACAGCUGGAUUUACUUGUGUAUCGUUUGUAGCAGGGGCAUUAUCAUGGUGGGGACCUCUAUUUAUUGAGAAGGGAAUGAGAUUGCAAUCAUCUACAACGGUCGAUUCGCAAGACGUUGCAUUGAAAUUCGGCGUCAUAUCGAUGUUGUCAGGACUAAUAGGUGUCCCUUUUGGCAGCUAUCUGGCUCAACGUUUACGCCCUAAAUACAGCCGUAUAGACUCCAAUAUAUGCGCUUUUGGUCUACUGAUGUCAAGUCCGUUGGUGUUCUUGGUAGCUUUAACGGCCAGGCAAAAUGCGGCUUUGUGUUUCACGCUCGUCUUUUUUGCCGAAUUCUUCUUGAAUCUCACAUGGUCCAUCAUCGCCGACAUCUUGUUGUAUGUGGUUUUACCAACAAGACGAUCCUCUGCGGAAGGUUUCCAACUUUUGUUUUCACAUGCUCUUGGAGACGCUGGCAGUCCCUAUUUUGUAGGCGUGUUAUCGGAAGCAAUAAAAAAUAUACUUCAGCGUUCCAGUUCAAAUUCAACAACUAAAGAUGAUUUGGAAAUUGAAUUCACAUCUCUACAGUAUUCACUGUUUUCGACGUGUUUUGUUGAAGUUUUGGGAGGAAUAUUUUUCAUAAUCACAGCAUUUUAUAUUGUAAAAGAUAAGCAGAAAGUUGAUGACGCAAUGCACGGAGAACGACCCAGUCCUAAUCAAACAGAGCAGGAAGAACAACUUCAAGCGGAUUUGUAGAUAAAACGUAGAAGCGCUCUGGAAAUUCACGGCAGCUCUUGGUCAACAAUCAGGACAACGAUCAAAUCAUUUCUUGAUCACUAGUCUACUAAAGCGUUGUAUAAAAAAUUAAUUUAUUUAAUCUUUUUUCCUCAAGCCACAAGACUGCCAAUUAAUGCUAAUCGACAUCGUUUUUCAAACAUCGCAAACUAGAAAGAAUAAGAGUUAUGUGAAACAUUUAAAAAGUUUUUAUGUCGUUUUUUUGAGUUGACGUAAUCGAAACGCCAAUUACAACUUUUGUAUUAAGCGAAAAUGAAUAUCAACAGAAGAUAACGAACCAUUUAAAUUCGAUGAUCUAAGAAAAUGGUAAAGAAACUCUGUUCAUUGGGUGGAUACAAGAAUUUUUAAGACUAAUCGUGCAAAUUCUCAUAUUACUAAAAUACUUAUGUUAAUUUCUGCUAUUUCGUUAGAUGGAAAAUCAAACUAUGAAGUAAAAUUGUCCAUCUGGGCUUUAAUAAAACACGGGAUGUUUUAUUCAUACAAAAUUGCUCCACUUCUUUGAUUACCCCUAUGCAGUCCCGGCGCUAAAAGUAUAAGUUGCCCUCCUGCAAAACUAGCAUAUGCACCUUUUUUUUAAUUGCUAUUAUGUAUAACACCAGCAGAAAAAAAUCUCUUUUUGGUGCCCAACAAAAAGAAGCGCCCGCCUGCAGUGUGUUCCUUGCAGGCUCGUUAUUGCCUUCCCUGUCCCUAUGGAUCUCCCUGUAAUCAUUUUGAUACCCUCUUAUUAGAUAGUUAAUUUUUUUGUCCAAGCCAAAUCAUAUAAUUCGACUCUAUAUUGUUUUCAGAACGAUUUGGUCGUUUGAUCAAUUUUUCAAUGUUAGCAUAGCACUAUGAAGAUACUAGAUGUAGGUUUUGCUUUGUAAUUUUUGUCGUACACAUUAAAAGUUCAUAAUAUUCUUAUUCUUUCUAUAAUGUAGGACUGGUAACUUAUUAUUUUAACCAUACGUAAUGUUGUCUAAAUGGUGUACGUGCGUGGUCGAAUUUUUAUAUAGAGGUAAGCAUCGUGUUUAAACUCAUAAAAUAUUAUACAUGGACCUUCACUCAAGUUUUUCUUAACUUAUUUUUUAUGUAUUUAGUUAUGAUUUCGGGGCAGUUCUUAUUUUUUGUUUAAUUUGAAAAUGGACAGACAUUCAAGUGAAAAUAUGUAAGUUAUGUUAAUUCAAGUAGUGACAAAUUAACAAAUAUGAAGAUUAAUCCACUGUUUUCUGUAACAAACUUCUAACUUCUGUAAAAACAAAAAAAUUCUAAUGUGCAUUUAAAAAACUUCCGAUAAAAUAUAAGCAAAAGCAAACAUUUCAUUCAUUCAUAAUUCACAUUUACUACUAAAGUAUUCCUACUAUAAUAGAUUAUCACUGCACAUAUUUAUUUACAAUCAUUAAAAAGAUCUAUUAUUAUUAAUCUUAUUUUGCUUUAAUACAUAAAAAUAUUCUAGUUUGUAAAUAAUGUGUCUCUUUUAAGUUAUCUGAAGCUAAAUUCAACGAAUACUGCAUAUUUAAAGAUUCGAUCAACCUACAGACAGUUUAGACUGUUGUUCAAACCAUUUGGCCUUCCAAUUAAACUUGUAUUUGUUAUGUAUUGCGACAUAGGUGUAAAAACGACUGCGAAUUUUAUUAACUGUUAUGCUUCAGAUGUAUCUAUUACGCGUGUGUUUUAGGUGUAUUGUGUGAAUAUUUUAUAUUUUAAUGUAAAUACGCCAAUACCAAUUCGAUACAUGGAACUCAAUUUAAUUUAAAAAUACUUCUAUGGGUGUAUUAGAUAUCGAUGAAAUCCUUCAUUUUAGCAUGUGUUGUACUUAUUACAAUAGUUUUCAAUACUACCCAAAAAAGUUACGGAAACACAUCUUUAUAUACCUCUAUAAGUUCCUGAGUGAAAACAAUAUACAAAUCAAAUACCAAAAUUUUGCAUCUCCUAUUUCUUAUUAGGUUUCCAUUCCACAAAGGCUUAACAAUAAAAAGACAUUUUUGCAACUUACCUAAUAUGAAAUCCUUUAUGAAUUUCUCAUUAGUUACUUUGGCUUUAAAAAACUAUUAUUUCAUAGUGUUUUCAAAUUGUUAAAAACAUCUUGUUCUUGCUUACUUUAACAUAAUUUUGUACUAAAAACGAUCAUUAUUCUCUUUGCAUUAUUCCUAUGCGGGGUCGGCUUCUCUAAUUGCAUUUCUUCAUACAAUUCUAUCUGGGGCCAUAUCAAUACCAAUCCCCUUCACCAACAUGUCCUUGUCUAAGCGUCUCCGCCAAGGUCUUGUUGGUCUUUCUCUCCUACUCCUUCCAGGAAUCUGCACUUCAACAAUUCUUCGCAUUGGGUGAUUAAAGUAAAUAUGACCAAACCAUCUUAACCUACUGUCCGUCCCACCUUGACUUUACAGUAUAGGGAACAUAGGCAAUGCAGUCCUUAUGAGAGUUUUUAGCGAGGUGGUGCCGAUUUUAUCAAAAAUAAUUUUUAAUGGAACAUUAGAGAGAUUAAAUUAAACCUGUUUUAGAAAGAUAAUCUACAAUUUUAGGAUUCGUAUACGUUUAAGUUUAUUUGAUAUACUACGCAUAUGAAUUCUAAAAUUGUAGAUUGCCUUUCUAAAACAGUUUUAAUUUAAUCUCUCUAAUGUUCGAUUACAAAUUCUUUUUGAUAAAAUAGGCAUCAGCGCGCUAGAAACUCUCGUAAGGACUGCAUUGCCUAUGUUCCCUAUACUGUAAAGUCAAGGUGGGACGGACUAUAUGCUCUCUCAUUUUGGCAUCAUUUGGUGCAACACCUAGACAACCCCUAAUAUACUCAUUUUAUCUCUUUUGUCACUCCACUAAUCCAUCUAAGCAUUCUCAUUUCCGCCACAUGCAUUCGUUGUUCCUCUUUCUUUUUCACUGCUCAACAUUCAGUUCCGUACAUCAUAGCCGGUCUUAUGGCUGUUUUAUAGAAUUUUCCCUUCAUUGGAAUUUUUCUGUCACACAACACACCACUCGCUUCCUUACACUUCAUCUAUCCAACCUUAAUUCUACUGCAUGCAUCUCCAUCUAUUUCUCCAUUAAUCUGUAAUAUCGAUCCUAGAUACUUAAAACUAUUGCUUUUCACAAUCAUUUCACCAUCCAAAGAUAUGAUUUUAUUUGUAGUAGCUCCAUCUUUAAUUGAACAUUCCAAAUACUCUGUUUUUAUGCUAUUAAGUUUUAAACUUUUUUCCAUCCAGAGCUUGUCUCCACUGUUCCAGUUUUUUAUCUAAAUCUCUUUGACUAUUUCCUACUGACACUACAUCAUCAGCAUACAUUAAGCAUCAUGGAAUGUUACCCUGUUGUUUCGCUGUUAUGUGGUAAAAAGCUAAUGGGAAUAAACAAGGAGUAAGCACCGAGCCUUUGUGCAAUCCUAUUUUCACAUGAAAUUAGUCAGUCUCUCCACACUUGUCCUAUUAACACUAAUCGUCACUCCGUCAUAAAUAUCUCUCAUAAUCUUUUCAUAUUCACCAGGGAGUCAUAUUCAUAUUCUUACUGAGUGCCCACCACAGAAUCGCUCGAGGAACUCUAUCAUAUGCUUUCUCAAGAUCAAUGAAUACCAUAAUAUAAGCGUUUGUAUCUUUAUCCCUAUACGGUUCCAUAAAUUGCCUUAUAAUGAAAAUUGAUUAUAUUUGGCCCUGCAUAAAGCCAAUUAUUUAUCAGAUACUUCGGUUUCUACUAAAAAAAAUAUGAAGAUAAAAAGAAAUAUUAUUUUUUGAACAUAUUUUUGCGUACGUUCUUCUAAUAAUUUUGGCAAUUCCUUUCUGCAUUCUUAUUUCCUCGUUUAAUGCCUGGCGGUAAUUUCUGGCACAAAGCUUUAUGUUAAUUUUUGGGGAUGCUAUUAAACAUGUUUGCGUCCUCAUGUUAGAAGUCCUUAUUUCUAUUAUGUUUCCAAAUUAGCUUUCUUGAGUAUCAUGUUGUAAUCUCUUCAUUUUUCGGUUUGUUGCACGGAUUUCUUUCUUUUAUGUUUAUAACAGCUAAUAUCUUGAAUUUUAAUUGUAUUCUUACAUACUCAUUUCAAAGACGUUAUUAGUAUAUUUGUUUCACCUAUACACUUUCAUCUUUCUACUCUCUACUUAAUUACUUUCAUAUAUUGCAAUACUUGUUUUGUUUUAAUAACGUUAACAUGUUUAAAACUGUUUCUUUGAAAUAUGCUGAUUUUUAAAAAGCAUCGACAAAUAGAUAUUUUCAAAUGAUUGAUUAUACAGUGAUGAGCGUGCUAAUAACAGGCAAAAUAUCGCAAAAGAUGGAAAACAUAAUACGCUGUGAAAGAAAACGAAAUGAAACUAGUAGAUUUGGAAAAUUUAGUGAUAGAAACCUAUAAAUUGAGACUAUAUUGAUAGUUUCGUACUUUUAGACGUAUUAAGUAAUUUAAGGUUCAUCUCGGUUCAUUUCGCAGCUUAUUAUGUUUUCCAUCUUUUGCGUUGUUUUGCCUGUUAUUAGCGCGCUCAUUACUGUAUAUUGCGCCGAUAGGGAACUUUUAGUUAAUUGCACUGGAGUAAUUUAAUGAAAUUCAAUUUCAUCAUUACAAAAAUAAUGUCUAUAAUCCUGAGAGUUUGGCAGUACAAACAUUUGGUCAAUUAACUGAAAUUCGAAGAAGUAUUCGCGUUUUGAACAGAUCGUUUAACAACAGAGUUGAUUAGAUGUGAUAAAUGUUUAAAUGUAUAAAGGAUUUUAUGUUCCUUUUGUGCGUACGUAAGAUUAUAUUUCUUAAUUAGUAUAAUAGUGUGUACAUAUUAUUUAUUCCUUAGUUUAUAAUUAAUAAAGUUAUACCAAAUGCUAAGAUUCGCAUAAUGUAAAUGAUAUUAAAUCGGUCUAAUUACUGGUACAUUGUUUUUUUAAUUUAAAUUGUAUAUCAUAGUUUAAAAGAGAAUUAAUAAAACUAAUUUAAUGUAAAGUUUAAUGGCAUAUAUGGUACAUCACGGUCACAAACCCAAUUAAAGUAUUUACCGUCUUAGAAAAUUAUACAUCCUAAUAGAUUUUUACAAACAAUAUCGAUUUUUUAUGUAUUACCUCGUAGAAUUUAAGUUAAAGAAUGUGUUUAUUGUAUGAUAUUGUACAAGAUACCGGAAAGGAAGUUGUUACCUUUUUAUAUAGUAUUUACUACAUGACAAUUACAUGAAAAUUGAAAUUUAUUUGUUAGAUAGUUUGGGGCAUGUAGUGUGCAGAUAUAAAACUUUUUUUGUAAAUUAACUGAGGUUUAUUAUAUGUGAGUUUUUUCCUGGCGCUGAUACUAGUAAAGGUUUUAAAAAAUAUAUGUAAAAUUAUAUAUUUUGCUUUGGUUUGUAAGAAAUGCGUAAUAACUGGAAAUGUUCGAUAAACUGCAUACUGCAUGGUUUUUAAUUUCCUCUGAUUACCUUCAAAUAUUUCCUACAAGCUAGUACUUUUAAAGUCGUUGAAACUUCUUUAGAAAAUAUAGAAAUCGGUUAAUUUACAAACUAAUUUAUAAGUUUUUCUAACUGAUAUUUUAGUUUUCUCUUAAUUUAAUUUUUGGGAUGGUCGUAUUUUAGUCGUACCAAAUAGUUUGAUUUGUGCUCACGAAAAACGGACAUUUUUAUUCGUGUUUGAAUGUUUUCAGCAAAAGAUACAUUGGUGGUGUUAUUAAUAUAUUUGAUCAAUUGUAACUCAUAUAAUUUUGACCUGAUUCAGCAAUAAUAAUUUAGUAAUUAUUACAAAUGUACAUAUGUAUCUUUGGUUGAAAUAUCUAGUCAAUAUAUUUUUAAAUAUAUUUAAAAAAAGGAAAGCAAUAUAUGGUUAGUCACUUCGAUUCGGAUUUUUAAUUCUGAUACAUAUCAUUCGAAAAUGUCACAAAGAAGCUGGCACAUCGACAUACACGUAAACCAUAUCAGCUUAGGUCAUAUAAAACGUACCUAACUUUUUUCCAGUACAAAGACUACCAUGACUGUUAACUGUUGAUAAAACGGUAUGACUCGUAUGAAAACCAUGUGCACAUUUAGGAAUAUUUGUGCGCACACAUCGAAGAGUUGAACAACGCGUUAAGAUUUUUCCUGGAUCAGACCUAAAAAUUUUAAAGCAAUAUCACUUUUGUCCUCGCAGUCACUUUCUACUUCUGUAGAUUUAGUAGUCAUCUAUCUAAAUACUUUUUUUUAGAAACUAUUGUUAUAGUUUCUUUGAUGAUAUUUUGAACUAUAUAUUAAUAACGAUCACCUCUUUGCUGCGAUCUUAGAGAGCGGUGUGUUUUUAUUCUAAGUUAGCAAUUAAGACUGAAAACAAAACACAUUUAGUAUUUGUAUAUUUAUUAUUUGUAUUGUAUAAGUAGUUAGUGAAUUGUUUUUUUUUUGUUUUUAAAACAUAUUUAUACAUAAAACUCAUUUAAAAUAGUA